AUGAAUGGGUUGGUGGGGGGUGGUCUAGCUGGUGCUGUUGUAGCUGGUGCAAGUGCUGCUAUUGCAGGAGCAGCUGAUGGUGCUGCUACUGGGGGUGCUAGGGCCAUGAGGUGGAACAACAACACCUCUGGUUUGUUCUUAGAAGGAUGGCUUAGCUUGUUAGUGAUGGUAGUAGACCUGACAAGGUCUUCGAGGACAAAGAUGUUAACUGUGGCCAAAGCACUUAAGGAGUACAGUGGGGAGGCAGACCAUCCUAAAGAUGCAAAAUAUCUAAAUUGCCCUAUAAGGUUCUACACAGAGAUGGAGUUCAUCUUUGGCCAUGCCAUGGCCACUGAUAGUGUUGCUGCUAAGGCUAAGGGUACUCCCUUUGCCAAUGUCCCUCCUGGCAAGACCCAAACAGAGGCUGGAGAAGGCAGCAAGGCCAUAGAGCUGCUGUCCUCAGUUGUGGGUGGAAAGAGAAAGAGAGGCAAGUUUAGUGAGGAUAAGAUGCUUAUUUUAACAAAUAUGUCUGAUGCUGUCAACAAUGUUGCCAAUGCUCUUAGGGAGACUAGACCAGCUCAUGUUGAUGCUAACCUAUACCUUACUGUGAUGGAGAUGCCUAGCUUUACUGAGGAGGCAAUGAUAGUUGCCUACACCUACCUGCUAGACAACAAGGCCCAAGGUAGGGGCUUUGUUGGCAUGAGUGACAGCCAUAGGGACAUUUGGCUUAGGAACUACCUAGCCAAGAACUACUACAUGUAG